CAGUGUUGAAGCGAGUCCACGAUGUGCGGUGAUGUUCAAGCUGCGAUACAAGGACAACCUAUGCAUUUUUAAGUAGAAUGAAAAUUAAAUUUCUUUAUAGAUCUGUCCACUGUUAUUCAUAUCAUUAGGUUACUGCUGUACUUAGUUUUUCUGUUUUGAGGACAGCGAGAGCUGUUAGCUUAGCGUUUUAGUUAGCUAACAUUAGCAACAGGCCAAAUCGUGUGGAUUUCAGCUAGCAGAACCAGCUCAACUCAAAAUGAAGUGUCAUUACGAGGUAUUGGGUGUCAAAAGGGACGCGACUGAUGAUGAUAUGAAGAAGGUCUAUCGGAAAUUAGCCCUGAGAUGGCAUCCAGAUAAGAACUUGGACAAUGCAGAUGAGGCAGCUGAGCAGUUCAAACUGAUCCAGGCAGCCUAUGAAGUCCUGAGCGACCCACAGGAGAGAGCCUGGUAUGAUAACCACAGAGAGGCUCUCCUGAAAGGCGGGGUCAGCGGGAAGUAUGCUGAUGAAAGUGUUGACCUUGUCCAGUUCUUCACUGUCACCUGUUACUCUGGUUACGGGGAUGAUGAGGAGGGUUUCUACACAGUGUACAGGAACCUGUUUGAGUCCAUAACUACAGAAGAGAUGGAGCACAGUAAAGAGGAGGAGGAGGAAGAAGAGGAGUUCCCUUCGUUUGGAGACUCUCAGAGUGACUAUGACACGGUUCACCUCUUCUACGCCUACUGGCAGAGCUUCUGCACCCGGAAGAAGUUUGCUUGGAAGGAGGACUAUGACACGAGGCAGGCCUCCAACCGCUGGGAGAAGAGGGCCAUGGAGAAGGAGAACAAGAAGGUCAGAGACAAGGCCAGGAAGGAGCGCAGCGAGCUAGUGCGUCAGCUGGUGGCGUUUGUGCGUAAGCGCGACAAGAGGGUGCAGGCCCACAAGAAGCUGGUGGAGGAGCAGAACGCUGAGAAGGCCAAGAAGGUGGACGAGCUACGACGCAAGCAGAAACUGUCCCAGGCCAAACAUGCUACAUAUAACAUCUCCUCUCCCAGACUGGCGGAGGAUUACAAGGAGCAGAGCUGGGUAGCCAUGUCUGAGAUGGAGAAGGAGCUACAGCAGAUGGAGGCUCGGUACGGAAAGGAGUUUGGAGACACGUCAUCGAGCGAGGAGGAGGACCAGGGAAGAGGGGAUGAACAGAAAGAUGAGACAGAGGAACUUAUGGAUGACUAUUAUGACGACCUGUACUGCCCUGCAUGUGACAAAUCCUUCAAAUCAGACAAAGCAAUGAAGAAUCACGAGAAGUCAAAGAAACAUAGAGAGAUGGUGGCGUUACUACGGCAACAACUGGAAGAAGAGGAUGACGCCCUCGGUCUGAAGGAUGAGCAUGAGGAAGAGGAGGAUGAAGAACUAGAAGAAGCUCCAAAACAAAAGCUGUCUAAAAGGCAGAAGAAGAAAAAGAGACUACAGAAAAAUGGGCGGAGCCCCACAGAGGAGGUAGACAAGGACGCUGCCUCAGAGCCCACCUCCACCCCUAAAGACACCCCCACAGACAACAGCCCAGAGAGCCCUCCAUCAACACAGACCAGCGGUGAGGCAGAGGACACCCAGCCUGCCGCAGACCCCCGGCAGACAGCUGCGGACAAACCCUGUGAGGACCCAACAGAGGACGGACAGCAGGAGGAAGACCUCACAGCCACAGAACCAAAGAGCUCUGGAAAGACUAAGGGGAAGAGGAGUGAAGGAAAGGACUGCAAAAAGAAUGGCCAACCACAGGGAGGAGGAGUGGAGCCAGGAGGAGCAGAGAAGGAGCUGAACCUGCGCUGUGUGACCUGUCACUAUGAGUUCUCCACCAGGAACAAACUGUUUGACCACCUGAAGACGACGGGACACGCUACAGCUGUAUCACACGGCGGCAGUACGCCCGCCGCAGGGAAGAGCAAGAACGAGAAGAGGAAGAACAGAUGAUGGGGGAGAGGGGACAUGUGCCAAAGACUAAAACCAGCCCGACUGAAAGACUCACUGGGCUGUAGAGAUGGGGGGGACUGUGUACGGUCUUACUUCAUAUAAUAGGAGGCCACUUAUGGCAUUGAAGGCCUGGAAUUUUUAAAAACGUUAAAGACUGUCUGAUUGCUGUUUUUAGGUUUUUUGCAUGUUAGAAAACAAUCAAUGUGUCCAGUCAUGGAGGACUGGAUGUUGGCUGGUGAUCCUGCAUAGCCAACUCUUACGGCCGUUGUCAAAUGACCAUAGGAGAUGGUUUUGCAGCACAAACAGAUCUGAGACCACCAGGCUAGACUGGAUAAAGUGCUUCUGGAGGAUCUUUUUGUCUGGCCAGCCUCCACACCCUUAUUAACCCUCUGCAGGGUUGCCCCCUAGAGAUAAUGUAAGGAAGUGAGCCAAGUCCAACUGGUAUCUACUCCACCAUUCCAAUGCUACCAUGGUAGAGGUGCUGCCACUGCACCUGCUCAGAAGUACAUGCUGCAGAAUUCAGCAUUGUGUCAACAACGUCCAUUUUGUGUCGACUGAUCCUUUGAUGUCUUGCAGCUGUUCUGGUCAGGGACAUAAAGCAACUGGACUCCAGUGUCUGGAUGUUAUUCCUGUUUUGAAACGGUAUUGUGAUGCCGCUGCUCACUAUAUUUAUUCAAAUAACAAUCUGACUCUGUGUUAAAGCUUCCACUUCUUUCUUACAAAAAAUAUACUGCAUAAACACUAAGAAAGGUUUAAUUGAAUUUGGCAGUAAAGAGCAAGAAGGUCCCGCCCACUUAACUCCCAAUUCACAGCUUUAUUGACAACGUUUCGAUCCUAAACGGAUCUUCGUCAUUUUUUUUUUUUACCAGACGAAGAUCUGUAAAACGUUGUCAAUAAAGCUGUGAAUUGGGAGUUAAGUGGGCGGGGCCUUCUUGCUCUUUACUGGCAGUCUUUAUUAGUCCAGCACUUAAAUUAAGGAUGUGCGUAUGACCACUAACCUUUCAUUGAAUUUGCCGCUACGUCUGAUGAAUAAAUCUUUCACGUCUAUAGUGUUUAUGGCUCACUUAAAAUCUAUUUAUGCAGGGUUUCGCAAUCUACUUACAAUUACUACCAAUUACAAUUCAAAGAGACUAUUUACAUGUAAAUAAAAGGGGCAUGUAAUUGGACCAUAUAAGAUGAGAAAAGAGCCAGCGGAUAUGAACUGUACCACCCCACUCAAUGUAAAUCAUCUAGACCUAAGCAAGUACUUGUCUACCCAAAGUCUCAAGAUCUAUUGGGCUUUACAUGCACUCAAAUUGUAAGAGACUGACACACAAGUAAAAUACUGGUCGGCUUUAUUUCAUGUUUUGACCCAGUCUGUCCAUGCACCUCACUGGCAGUAGGUGAAGAGGUGUACCAUGUAUUUAUUUGACAAGUUAAUAUAUUCACAAUUAACACAUCAAUAAAACUU